CGUUUCCGCCCUAGGGGAAAAGUUACAUGACCCCCUGACUGCUUUACCUCGCUAAUUGCAGUAAUCGCAACAGGAAAUAUGUCAAAAUCAAUGACGUCAUAGAAUUCAAGACAGUACUUUCGUAAUGCACUGCUCUCUAUAUCGGAACGCUAUUUGUAGUAUUGAUAAUACUCGGAGUGAAUAAAGGAACGCACUCUUAAAAUCGAUAUGACAGAUUUUCUAACCCUCAAUAGUGCAAACUUUAAUGAUUUUCUAGUCAUAUAACUCGGGAGAAGUUGAAGGCACAUAGCUGAAAUAGAAUUCCAGCACUCUCCAUCUGGAGGGAAAUAAAAAAAAAAGAAAAAUUUAACGAUUAAUAUAUUUGGUUUACGGGACAGAUCAAUACAUUUUUCUGCCAAAUUUUUUGUUUUGUGCAAUAACGCGAAUAUUUUUAUCGAAAUUGGAGAUUUGCGAUUUUUUUUAUUGAUCACGAUCGCGAUCUUUCGGCCGAUCCAUUGUUUACACAAACCAGUUGUUCGUUCUACUAAAAAUGUUGAUGUUGAUAUUCUUGCUGGUUGUGGUGAUCGUUCUCGUCGUGCGUAAAUUCUACCUGAAGAAGCUCAAAUCUGGUAGAAAUGUUUGCGUUCUGGUGCUUGGCGAUAUUGGCAGAAGCCCACGGAUGCAAUAUCACGCGAUUUCUCUCGCACGGGAAGGCUUCAUCGUAGAUCUCAUAGGUUAUCCUGGAUCACCACCGAUGAAGGAGAUUCUCGAAAACAUGCACGUGCAAAUACAUUAUCUGCGACCGCCUCCGGAAUUGCAAAACAAACUACCACGUCUUCUAUGUUAUAUAGUGAAAGUAAUUUGGCAAACUGCUGAUCUUCUUUGGUCAUUAUUUAACAAACACAUAUCAGACUCGCUAAUUAUGCAGAAUCCACCUGCAAUACCAACUAUUCCAGUAUGUUGGUUUUAUUGUAUUCUUAUAGAAGCAAGAUUUAUAAUUGAUUGGCAUAAUUAUGCACAUUCCCUUAUGGCAUUGAGCCUAGGAAAGAAUCACUUCUUGGUUAGACUGGCAAAAAGCAUCGAGACAACAUUUGGUUAUAGAGCAAAUAAUAAUUUGUGUGUGACCCAAGCAAUGAAAGAAGAUUUAGAGAAAAAAUGGUUUAUCCAAGCAAAAGUCCUAUAUGAUAGACCAAUAGAUAAUUUCCAUCCCUUGACUUUGGUAGAAAAGAACGAAUUUCUAUGCAAAUUAGCUGAGAAAUAUGAUAUAAAAAUAUCUUGCUCACCCAGAACAUCUGGCUUUAUUGUAUCUAGCACUAGUUGGACCGAGGAUGAAGAUUUCUCAAUCCUGUUGAAUGCGUUACAAGAAUAUGAAGAUACAUGUGAAAGUAAUGAAUCAAACUUGCCAGAUUUGAUCUGUGUGAUAACGGGAAAAGGACCAUUAAAAGACUUCUACAUGGCUAUUAUUAAUUUAAAAAAAUGGAAACAUGUCGAAAUAAAGAUGCCAUGGCUUGAAAAUGAAGAUUAUCAGAAAAUAUUAGCUACUGCAGAUUUAGGUAUAUGCCUUCACACCUCAUCCAGUGGACUGGAUUUACCAAUGAAAAUUGUUGACAUGUUUGGCUGUUGCUUGCCUGUUUGCGCAUUCAAUUUUAAUUGCUUAUCAGAAUUGGUAAGGCACAAUGAGAACAGUUUGGUAUUUGCGGAUGAGAAAGAACUAGCCGAGCAACUGAAGAUGUGGUUUCAAGAUUUCCCUGAUAACAAGACACAACAACAAUUACGUGAAAAAUUUCAAGGAAACAUGUUUACGUCACAACAGAAUCAUAAUGACUGGCACAGUAACUGGACAUUCAAUGUGUUGCCCUGUCUUUAAGAAUAAUACGUUUUAUUAUUUCUGUACAUAAUUAUAAUUUUUUGUACAUGCUUUUUAUAAUCUCUGUCAUUUUUCAUUAUAUAACCAACAUUAUUUUUAUUAAAAAUAUAAGAAAUUUUAUUGUAUUAAUAUUUUAUUAUACUUUAUGUUAAUUAAAAUAAUUUACGAUCACUAUCAUAAAAUUACUCUAUUUUGAAG